GAACCUUGAACAUAACUUCAAAAGAAGAUUUGGCUUUUAUUUCUGGAUUGCAUAUAUAUUAUAAGGCCACCAGAAUGUCGGGAGCCUCAGUGAAGGUGGCUGUUCGAGUGAGGCCCUUCAAUUCUCGAGAGACCAGCAAGGAGUCUAAGUGCAUCAUUCAGAUGCAAGGCAACUCGACCAGUAUUAUUAAUCCAAAGAACCCAAAGGAAGCACCGAAGUCCUUCAGCUUUGACUACUCUUACUGGUCUCACACCUCGCCUGAAGAUCCCUGUUUUGCAUCGCAGAAUCGUGUGUACAAUGACAUUGGGAAGGAAAUGCUCUUACAUGCCUUUGAAGGAUACAAUGUCUGUAUUUUUGCCUAUGGGCAGACUGGUGCUGGGAAAUCCUAUACAAUGAUGGGGAAACAAGAAGAAAGCCAAGCUGGCAUCAUCCCCCAGUUGUGUGAAGAACUCUUUGAGAAGAUCAAUGACAACUGCAAUGAAGAGAUGUCGUACUCUGUGGAGGUGAGCUACAUGGAAAUUUACUGUGAAAGAGUACGAGAUUUGCUGAAUCCCAAAAACAAGGGUAAUUUGCGUGUGCGUGAACACCCGCUUCUUGGACCCUAUGUGGAGGAUCUGUCCAAGCUGGCAGUCACUUCCUACACUGACAUUGCUGACCUCAUGGAUGCUGGGAACAAAGCCAGGACAGUGGCAGCUACCAACAUGAAUGAAACAAGUAGCCGUUCCCACGCUGUGUUUACCAUUGUUUUCACCCAGAAGAAACAUGAUACUGAGACUAACCUUUCCACUGAGAAGGUCAGUAAAAUCAGCUUAGUGGAUCUAGCAGGAAGUGAACGAGCUGAUUCAACUGGUGCCAAAGGAACUCGAUUAAAGGAAGGUGCAAAUAUUAAUAAGUCUCUUACAACUUUGGGCAAAGUGAUUUCAGCCUUGGCAGAGGUGAGUAAAAAGAAGAAGAAAACUGAUUUUAUUCCCUACAGAGAUUCUGUUCUUACUUGGCUCCUUCGAGAAAAUCUAGGUGGCAACUCUCGGACUGCAAUGGUUGCUGCUCUGAGCCCAGCAGACAUCAACUACGAUGAAACUUUGAGCACCCUGAGAUAUGCAGAUCGUGCAAAGCAAAUUAAAUGCAACGCUGUUAUCAAUGAGGACCCUAAUGCCAAGCUGGUUCGGGAGUUGAAGGAGGAAGUGACCCGGCUGAAGGACCUUCUUCGUGCUCAGGGGCUGGGAGAUAUUAUUGAUAUUGACCCAUUGAUCGAUGAUUACUCUGGAAGUGGAGGCAAAUAUCUGAAAGAUUUUCAGAACAAUAAACAUAGGUACUUGCUAGCCUCUGAGAACCAACGCCCUGGCAAUUUUUCCACAGCAUCCAUGGGGUCCCUUACUUCAUCUCCAUCUUCAUGCUCACUUAAUAGUCAGGUGGGCUUAACAUCUGUGACCAGUAUUCAAGAGAGGAUCAUGUCUACACCUGGAGGGGAGGAAGCCAUUGAACGUCUGAAGGAGUCAGAGAAGAUCAUUGCUGAGCUGAAUGAAACCUGGGAAGAAAAACUUCGUAAAACCGAAGCCAUCAGAAUGGAAAGAGAAGCAUUAUUGGCUGAGAUGGGAGUUGCCAUACGAGAAGAUGGAGGAACACUUGGUGUUUUCUCACCUAAAAAGACUCCACAUCUUGUUAACCUCAAUGAAGACCCCCUGAUGUCAGAGUGUCUUCUUUAUUAUAUCAAAGAUGGAAUUACAAGGGUUGGCCAAGCAGAUGCUGAGCGGCGCCAGGACAUAGUGCUGAGUGGGGCCCACAUUAAAGAAGAGCAUUGUGUCUUUCGGAGUGAGAGAAACAACACUGGUGAAGUGAUUGUGACUUUAGAGCCUUGUGAACGCUCAGAAACAUAUGUGAAUGGCAAGAGGGUGUCCCAACCUGUUCAGCUGCGCUCAGGGAACCGUAUCAUCAUGGGGAAAAACCAUGUCUUUCGUUUCAACCACCCUGAGCAAGCACGAGCUGAGCGGGAGAAGACUCCCUCUGCUGAGACGCCCUCGGAGCCUGUGGACUGGACAUUUGCUCAGAGAGAGCUUCUGGAAAAACAGGGGAUCGAUAUGAAGCAGGAGAUGGAGAAAAGGCUGCAGGAAAUGGAGAUCCUGUACAAAAAGGAGAAGGAGGAAGCUGAUCUCCUUCUGGAGCAGCAGAGACUGGACGCGGACUCUGAUAGCGGGGACGAUUCUGACAAGAGGUCCUGUGAAGAAAGCUGGAAACUGAUUACUUCUUUGAGAGAAAAGCUACCUCCCAGCAAGUUACAAACCAUUGUUAAAAAGUGUGGCCUCCCCAGCAGUGGGAAGAAACGAGAACCAAUUAAAAUGUAUCAAAUCCCUCAAAGAAGGCGCCUUAGUAAAGACUCCAAGUGGGUCACCAUCUCAGAUCUUAAGAUUCAGGCUGUUAAAGAGAUUUGCUAUGAGGUUGCCCUUAACGAUUUUAGGCAUAGUCGGCAGGAGAUCGAAGCCUUGGCCAUUGUUAAGAUGAAAGAGCUUUGUGCCAUGUAUGGGAAGAAAGAUCCCAAUGAGCGCGACUCUUGGAGAGCAGUGGCCAGGGAUGUCUGGGACACUGUUGGGGUGGGGGAUGAGAAGACAGAAGAUAUGCUGGCCACUGGGAAAGGUGGGACAGAUGUAGAUGACCUCAAGGUUCACAUAGACAAGCUGGAAGAUAUUUUGCAAGAAGUCAAAAAGCAAAAUAAUAUGAAAGAUGAAGAGAUCAAAGUCUUAAGAAAUAAAAUGCUCAAAAUGGAGAAAGUUUUGCCAUUGAUUGGAUCUCAGGAACAGAAAAGCCAAGGAAAUCACAAGACAAAAGAGCCCCCUGGUGCUGGUGCUAACAGCAUCUCUGAUAAUGGUGUCAAUAAAGGAGACAGUGGAGAACUUGACAAAGAAGAACGAGUUUCCCAGCUGAUGAAUGGGGAUCCAGCUUUUAGACGUGGACGACUACGUUGGAUGAGGCAAGAGCAAAUCCGUUUUAAGAACCUGCAGCAGCAGGAGAUAACAAAGCAGCUUCGACGGCAGAAUGUACCCCACAGGUUCAUCCCUCCUGAAAACCGGAAGCCCCGCUUUCCCUUUAAGAGCAAUCCUAAACAUCGAAACUCUUGGAGUCCUGGGACACAUAUUAUUAUAACAGAAGAUGAGGUUAUUGAGCUGAGAAUUCCAAAAGAUGAAGAAGGAAGAAAAGGAAAUAAAGAAGAAAGCCAAGAAAAAGUUGGUAGAGCAGCUUCUAAAGAUCCCCAGUCAGCAUGGGGCUCCCAGGGUAUAAGAAGUCAAGAUCACAUCCAAGUUAGCAAACAGCACAUUAAUAGUCAACAACCACCACCUCAGCUACGCUGGAGAAGCAAUUCUCUCAAUAAUGGCCCCCCGAGAAACAUGGGCUGCCAGACAGCUUCCUCCGCAGAGUCAUUAAACUCCCACAGGGGUCACCCUGCCGCUGAUCUGCACACUUUCCAAGCCAAGCGUCAUAUUCACCAGCACCGUCAGUCUUACUGUAAUUAUAACACUGGAGGUCAGUUAGAGGUCAGUACAGCCAGCUGCUGUCAAAAGCAGACUGACAAACCCAACCACUGUAGCCAGUUUGUGACACCUCCAAGGAUGAGGAGACAAUUCUCAGCACCCAAUCUCAAAGCUGGUCGAGAAACUACAGUAUAAGUAAAUUACUGGACAAACUUGAAAUUGUAGCAAAGCAAACAGACAGUGUUAAUGUUAGCUCAUUGAUUGUGUUGGUGCAUUAUGAUUUUAAUGUUGUGUCCCUCCAAAUACUAACUGGUUUUUAUUGCUAAAACGUAAAACACUGGUAAACCUCCCUAUUGCUUGUGUAUUAUCAGUGGGCAGGUUCUAGAAUUUGGUAUAAAACAUCUAGGCCCUGUAUUUUUCUGAUACUUCCCUCCAUGGUGCCUAGAUUAUUAAUGCACUUACACUGGUUUGUCUUGUUUUGGUGUAAGUAUUGUUAUUUUCUUAUAGUACUUAGAAAUUGAUUUGAUAUUCCAAAAGACCUGCUACUUGGUUUAUGUAAACAAACUCCUAAGAGGAAUUUGAUAUAUAGAAUAAGUGACUCAUUCCCCAUAAACAUUAGAAAUUGGCUUAAAAAUUCCAUGCAGCUUUGUGGACACAGCUUUAGAUUCACCUUGAUGUCUGUCUGUUCAUCCAAUAUAGUUGGCAUUUUUAUAAGCUCAAACCCAAGAUCUUCAGACAGCCUUGCAUCUUACACACCGUCAUCUUAGUCUGUAUUUUUAAGGAACUGAUUCAGUAUCUUUUUUUUUUUCUCCCCCGAGACAGGGUUUCUGUGUGUAGCCCUGGCGGUCCUUUAAUUCUCUCUGGAGACCAGGCUGUCCUCAAACUCACAGAGAUCCGCCUGCCUCUGCUUCCUGAGUGCUGGGAUUAAAGGUGGGCGCCAGCACUGCUGGGCACUGAUUCAGUAAUUUUAAUGUUUCAGAAUAUAUAUAAUACUUGUCAUAGCUCUAAAAUCUUUAAAUUGGCACUUUCUGGGUUUCUAUUUUAUUUGCAUUUUGAAGUUUACAGUCUCACACAAAAAAUGAACUGUAUUUGCUAAAAUUAUGCCAUCAGAAAUACCAACAAAAAUUUUGUGUUCUUCGAGCAAUGUGUACUCAUUCCUAAGAAGAGUAUCUGGUGAGAGGAGGAGAUGAUGGGACGUGGGAAAAGGCUGACCUUCACUGCCUUUUCCCAGUAGCUGAUGAGAUAAUAAAAAUUAACUGUGGUUGAGUCUGGAGGUGAUAUAUACAUACAUAUACAUAUACAUAUACAUUUGCAUAUACAUAUAGUGAACUAAUCUUUGGUCUGCAGUAGUAAUGCUCACAGAUACUCAAGCAAGGAAAGUUAAAUCCUGAUGAACAGUCACUAUCAAUAAUACC